AUGGCAAUAUGGCACGCCAUUGUAGGGCUGUUGGGCGAGAGAAAAUAUGCACUAAACGUUACAAGCUCUCUCAUUGAACCCCAAAAGGGAGAAGAGAAUUUGAAAGCAAAGGUUAAUAGAGAAGAGUUGACUAUCAUUCAUAAUACAACUAUAAUAUCCCACUCUUGCAAACACAUGAUGGCUGAAGUAUCUAAUGAUCCACUUUUGACCUAUGUUUUGAACAGCAAACAGUUAACAAAUUUAGAUCGUCUACGAAAGAAGGCAGUUACAAAACAAUUGGAAUUAAGUGCGGGGCAUAAGAAUUCAGAGGAGUUUUCAAAGUAUCAAAAUAUCUAUCAAACAGAAGCAUUCGAGUGUCUACAAAAUAAGCAUGAUACACACAAAAUAAUGGAAUGUCAGUACGAAUCAUACCAGAGAAAUUGCAAAACAAAAAGAUACAGUAUUGACCUAGACUCUGUACAUGCAACAGACGCGUAUCCACAAGAGGACGAUCCAAAUGGGGAUUUCCUUGAAAGAAAUGAGGAUGAUGAAGGUGUUAAGGAAUUGAGGAAAAGGUUAUUAGGAAAACAGCAAAGCAACAAUUUAGGGCAUGACUCUGUUAAAUCAGUAGACAGGCAAAUUGAAGAUCAAGAUAACUUGCAACAAGACUUAAUUCAAGAUAUGAGUAAGCUUGUUGGGAGCCUGAAGCAGGGCGCUGUGGCAUUUCAAUCAGCACUUGAUGAAGAUAAGCAAGUUCUUGGGGCCGCAGAAAUUGGUAUUCAAGUUGCAUCGCAAGGUCUGAUGGACGUUAGUGGUAAAUUGAGAAAAUAUGACAAGAGCAAACUGAGUUAUCUAUUUUACAUUACAGUUUUCAUUUUCAUGAUCCUCGGUUUGAUGCUAACAUUUAUAAUAAUUCAGCUCUUUCCAGCGCUCUGA